AUGAAACUGGCUCACAUGAGGACCGCCCCAGGAAAGGAAGACCAAGAGUCACCUCUGCUGCUGAGGAUAAGUUCAUCCGAGUCACCAGCCUCAGAAAUCGCAGUUGGACCAUCAUUUAUCUUUCAACAGGACAAUGACCCCAAACACACCUCCAGGCUGUGUAAGGGCUGUCUGACCAAGAAGGAGAGUGAUGGAGUGCUGCGCCAGAUGACCUGGCCUCCACAGUCACCGGACCUGAACCCGAUCGAAUGUUCACCCCUGAACAACAUGAACAGCAACAAAUCUCCACCUGACAGUAACUCAACAAUCAAACCUGCCGUGGUCCUAAAGAUCAGCAUGCUGCGUCAUCAGUUAUUCCAGUUCCUUUCCAGCUUACAAACUGUGAUUCUAAAAGACAACAAGCUCCAACAAGUCACUGACAUUCAGCCCAUCUUACAGCUACCACACCUACAGGAGCUGAACAUUGGAGGAAAUCUAUUUACCUCCUUUCAGACCAAAGAUCUGCUGCUGAACGUGUCCUCAGGACUGAAGCUGUUAAAUGUUUCUGAUAAUGCUAAGUUAGAAAAGUUCAGCAUCACAACACAGAUCUUUCCUCACCUUGAGAUGAUAGACUUUUCUGACAGUGGCCAAGCUGCUGGCUUGAAAUGGGACAUACCUGACAAGACUUUACUAAGGAACAUAACUCAGCUGGAUUUCAGCGGCACUUUGAUUCCUUUUGAAGAGAUCCAAAAAGUCCUGCAGAGUCUUGACUCACUGAUGCAUCUGAGGCUGAGUUAUAUGGAGACGUUUAUCCAGAAAGGUCUCUUAGCUACAGUGUGCAAAAUACCGACACUAAGGAGGCUGGAUCUGUUGUACAACCCUGUUGCCAAUUUAGGUUCAAAAUUUGUAACUUGCUCUCAGCUUAAUGAGCUCGACUUGACCGAUACAUACAUGACUGAACUGCCGAAAGGCUCGAUGAGAUUGAUGAAGAGUCUGAGGUCCCUAACUCUAGCCAACAACUUUCUCACCAGUGUGCCAGAUGACAUUAGGAGUCUCUCCUCCCUCGAGGUUCUAUAUCUUAGAGACAAUCGUAUCUCUGAGUUGACAUGUGAUGAUUUCAUAAACACAACGCGACUUACGGAGCUCUAUCUGGACUAUAACCACAUUGCCAAACUGGACAGGUGUGUAUUUGAAAAUCUUAAUGAUCUGAAGGUUUUAGAUAUGAGUAACAACUUGCUGUGGACAUUUGGAGGGGCCUUUAAAACAGGACUGCAGAAGCUUGAGUUCUUGAAUUUGAACAAACACUUUGUAUCAAUUCUUGAAAAUGGAGAUUUUCAAGGUUUAGGUUCCCUAAAAUAUUUGGAUCUGGCAUCAAAACAUAUCGCAAGAGUGAAAAGUAACGCUUUUCAAGGACUGAACAAUCUCAGUACUCUUAAAGUGUCUCUUCCACUUGAGUUUGAAAAUAAAUUCAGAAGUUUACAACAGUUAGAAAAUCUCACAGUCUACUUCGAUACUGACGGAAGUUUUAAAAGUCCUCAUUCAAACUUCUAUGAAGAUUUGUUCCAGUUAAAAUCUUUGAAGAUUUUUACUGUAAUAUGCAGAGUUGAUCACUAUGGCUUCCCCUUUGACAUACCGAUGAAUAUUCUACAAACUAUGAAACAUUUAGAGGACUUCACAGCUGAGAAUUUAUAUAUUUCUGCUCCAGAUCCCGACACAUUUAGAAACAAUCCCCAGCUCAAGCGUCUGACACUCAGUCAGACUGACUUGUCAGAUUUGGGUCCUGAACUGUUUCAGCCAAUCCCAAACCUGCAGGCUCUCGAUCUCUCUUACAGUAAGCUCAAAUCUUUGGAUUUUCUGGCCCAGGCCGACCUGUCUGCACUCACAUUUUUAAAACUGAGUGACAAUGACAUUACAGUGAUCAACGAGACGGUCUUCCAGUCUCUCCCUGCACUCACAUAUCUGGACCUGGACAAUAAUCCUUUCACCUGUGACUGCUCUAACGCCGGCUUUAUCCAAUGGGUGAAGAACAACAACCAAACUCAGGUUGUUAACGCCCAUAUGUACACCUGUUCCUUUCCUGUGGUGGAGCAAGGAAACAAGUUGCUGGACUUUGACAUCCAGUCCUGUUGGAUGGACGUCGGCUUCCUCUGCUUCAUUUGCAGCACUUGUCUGACUUUGCUAACUCUUCUCGCUGCCUUCGUCUUCCACUUUCUGAGGUGGCAGCUAGCCUACGCAUACUACCUCUUCCUGGCCUUCCUCUAUGAUAGCAGGAAGAGGAAGAAGAACGGAGCGCCUCACCAAUACGACGCCUUCAUCUCCUACAACGUUCACGACGAGGCCUGGGUUUACAGAGAGAUGCUUCCAGUGCUGGAAGGAGAGCAGGGCUGGAGGCUCUGUCUGCACCACAGAGACUUCCAACCAGUGUCUCCGUACUACCGCAUGAGGAAGCUGGUGAAGGGACGCACCUACCUGAGCUGGCCGCAGGCCGGCCAACACAAAGGAGUCUUCUGGCAGAACGUCAGCAGAGCUCUGGAGACCGGGGACGCUCCCACAGAGACCGCAGACCUCCUGACUGGACCGGCAGGAUGCUGAGUAUAUUACCGGACCUGCGAGGUUCCUUACAGUUGCAAUGAAAAACAAGAAGAGAAAGAGAAAAUAUAAGAGAUUCAGAUUCUCCUGAAAAUGAGUUUCUUGAGCUGGGACCACAUAUUGAGUUGCUGAAUAAGCAGAGAGUCAUAACUCAGUCAAAUAUGAGUUUUAAUCAUAAAGUUGUAAUUCAAUUUUCCAAAAUGUCAACUAAAAUAGGAUUAAAGAAAAACAACAUUCCACUUCCUUCUUGCAUCCCCCAAAGCAUGAUGGAAGCUGUAGUCCCAGCUUGAAACUGUCCCAAAUAGAAAAGUUAGACUGUUAAAAACAAUCUGACAGACAGAAUCCAUGAAAAUAUUUAGCUCCUCUCAAAUGAAAUAUGAUGAAGAUAGAGGAGUUAUUGUUCUAUUGGCCCAAAUAUAAGAGGCUAUUGUAAUGUAGUGUCACUAAGUGUUGCAUUAUGGGUUGUUUGUAGAGUAGUCUACCCGAGGAAAUCAGGUCGGCUGAAUAUUAAAAUAAAUGAACUCUUUGAAAUCGCUGGUUAAAAGAGACUUUUAUUUAAGAGCCUUUGCUGAUUUGACAUGAUUUUAUUUUAAGUAUAAUAAGUAUAUAUAUUCCUUAGUGUGUUUUGCUUUACCUGCCUUCAUCUUUUAACUGGUUGAAAUUGCUUAAAGUCAAUUACAUAUAAGAUUCUUCUUAUCCUUUGUUGUUAGGUUAGUUUCUAGUGUUUCUGUCAGUCAGCCCUAAAGGCGUUUGGUUAGUUCAAUUUACCCUGCAGGAGUUUCUGAGAGCUCGUAUAACAACGUGAUGCGUGAAAAUGAGUCUGAGGGCCCGUGUCCACCAAAGUGUGUUUUUCUGAUUCCUUUUUUCAAUUCAUUGCAAUGGGAGCGCCGUGUUUUUACACGCUGGUAAAAACGGCAGCAGCGUGACGAGGCGCUGAGCGUGUUUUUUGCGGUGGAUGCUGAGCGCUGAGCGUUUUUUUACGGUCACUGAGAGUCAAAAAUGUACAACUUCGGGAAAACACUGCGCUCAUCACUGUCACUCUUUACUUAGUCGUCCAAUCACAGCAGAGAAGGGCCGGGAAAAAUACCACACCGUAGCAACGGUUACUAUCUCUAUGAGAGGCCCAGAGCAAGUGCUCUGCUCUGUGUUGACAUUUUUUACAACCAGUAAAGUCAGGUAGAACUACUUGCAACAUCACUUCCGGGGAUUUUAUGUAUCAUAGCAAGCAAAGCAGUCCCAAAAACGCCCCAUAGUGCUCCCUGCUGGGCGUUUUCAGCUGGCGAAAAACGCUUUGGUGGACACGGGCCCUAAAGCGUCUCCUUAGUGCAGAACCGGACCGUGGACUCAGGACAACAGUUACUGCUGUCAGAGGAGGAGGAGCUCAAACGGACUGAAAGAGGCUAACUGCCUUGACCACAGUAGGGCAUGCGAGUACGUGAGUGGUUAUCUUCUGCUUUAAUGGCAUUACAUCAUGUUUUCACUUCACUUUUACCAGACUUAGAGGGAAGUCUUUUUUCUCUGUAGGACAUGGUGACAUGGAUUAUAUAUUUAUUUAUUUCUCUGUAAAAUUAGGACUAAACUCCUGUUAUUUUUAUUAAGUGUAUCCACUCAAAUAGACAAUGGAAGUGGCUCAUGCAUUUUGGUUUCUUUUAUUUUUUUGCAGAUUUUUCGUCGAUCGGAUUUUCUGAAAAUUCCUGAUUCUAUCUGAUGUCUAAGCUUCUUUUCCAAAGUGCAAAGAUUGUAGCUAUUUGAUUUUAAUUCUUUUUGAAAC